GCUGGCACAAUGCGCGUGGUCGUGAUCGGAGCGGGGGUCGUUGGGCUCUCCACCGCCCUCUGUAUCCAUGACCGCUACCGCCCAGCGCUGCAGUCGCUGGAGGUGAAGGUCUACGCAGACCGCUUCACCCCGCUCACCAACACCGACGUGGCUGCUGGCCUCUGGCAGCCCUACCUCUCCAACCCCAGCAACCCGCAGGAGACGCACUGGAACCAGCAGACCUUCGACUAUCUCCUGAGCCACCUCCAUUCUCCCCACGCUGCAGACAUGGGCCUGGCCCUAAUCUCAGGCUACAACCUCUUCCGUGAAGCUGUUCCGGACCCUUCCUGGAAAGACAUAGUUCUGGGAUUUCGGAAGCUGACCCCUAGAGAGAUGGACAUGUUUCCCGAUUACAGCUAUGGCUGGUUCAACACAAGCCUGAUUCUGGAGGGGAGGAGGUAUCUGCAGUGGCUGACUGAAAGGUUAACUGAGAGGGGAGUGAAAUUCUUCCAGAGGAAGGUGGAAUCUUUUGAGGAGGUGGCAAGAGGAGGCGCUGACGUGAUUAUCAACUGCACGGGGGUGUGGGCGGGGGCGCUGCAACCAGACCCCCUGCUGCAGCCCGGCCGGGGGCAGAUCAUUAAGGUGGAUGCCCCUUGGAUGAAGCACUUCAUUAUCACCCAUGACCCAGAGAGAGGCAUCUACAAGUCCCCGUACAUCAUCCCAGGGAUCCAGGCAGUGACUCUUGGAGGCAUCUUCCAGCUGGGCAACUGGAGUGAAGUCAACAAUAUCCAAGACCACAACACCAUCUGGGAGGGCUGCUGCAGACUGGAGCCCACGCUGAAGAAUGCAGCAAUUGUUGGUGAAUGGACUGGCUUCCGGCCUGUACGCCCCCAGGUUCGGCUAGAAAGAGAACAGCUUCGCUUUGGACCUUCAAACACGGAGGUCAUCCACAACUACGGCCACGGAGGCUAUGGGCUCACCGUCCACUGGGGCUGUGCCCUGGAGGCGGCCAAGCUCUUUGGGGAAGUCCUGGCAGAAAGGAAGCUGCUGCUUCCUUCCCACCUCUGA